AUGUCUUCAUCCUCCUCCUCCUUGAACCUCUACGACCUCUCCGUCCCAAUCUUCACCCGAGCCCUCGAGAGCCAACUCGCCUUCCUCAAAAAGGGCGAACAGUGGUGCAAGGACAACAAUGUCGACCCGGAGAAACUCAUCCAGGGGCGCAUCGCGCCGGAUAUGCUCGUAAGUUGAAGGAAUAAAUAAAUAAACACCAAGAGAACACCUUCCUCUCCCAUGCACUCCAAUCCAAUCCACUCCACCUCCACCUCUCCUUUUCCUACACCCAAAAAACCCCCCCUCCCGCUUCCAAAAAAAAAACCCACCAAAUUCUCACCCUCUCUUUCUGAUGAAAACCACACGUGCACAGCCCUUGCCCUUCCAAGUCCAAAGCUGCUGCAAGCACUCCACCGGCGUCCUGCAACGCCUCGGAGGCGCGACCCCACCACCACCACCCUCAUCCUCCGUCGAGAACAACAACAACGACGACGACAAGUCCUUCGCCGAUCUCUACGCCCGCUUGGAGAGCGCCAUCGCCCAGCUGAAGACCGCGAAGAAAGCCGAAUUCGCGGCUCCUGUACGUCUGCCUCCCCACCCACCCCACCCCCAUCCUCCUGCUUCUUCUUCCUCCUCCUUCUGAAUAAGUUCCUGCUUGACGCCUUUCUUUCUUUCUCUAGGAAGCAACCUGCAAAGUGCAAGCGGGCCCCCGCGAAUUCGACUUCAACAACCUCGCCUACGUGCAGAACUUCGCGCUGCCGAAUUUCUUCUUCCACUCGCAGACGGCCUAUUUGAUCCUGCGCAAGGAAGGGGUGCCCGUGGGGAAGUUGGAUUUUUUGGGUCCCUUGGAUACGCUCACCGGACUUUGA